UACUUUGCAAGUCACUUCUUUAUGGGAGGCGAGAAGUUUGACACCCCUCACCCUGAGGGCUACCUUUUUGGCGAGAACAUGGAUCUAAACUUCCUUGGGAAUAGACCUGUUCAGUUUCCCUAUGUAACGCCAGCUCCACAUGAACCAGUGAAGACACUGAGAAGUCUGGUGAAUAUCCGCAAAGACUCUCUCCGACUUGUGAGGUAUAAAGAUGAUGUUGACAGUCCUACUGAGGAGAAUGGGAAGCAGAAAGUCCUGUACAGCCUGGAGUUCACGUUUGACGCAGAUGCUCGUGUUGCCAUCACAAUCUACUGCCAGGCUACAGAAGAGUUUGUUGGUGGCAUGGCAGUAUACAGCACAAAGAAUCCCUCUCUGCAGUCGGAGACGGUUCAUUACAAGAGAGGGGUAAGCCAGCAAUUCUCCUUGCCUUCCUUCAAGAUUGAUUUCUCAGACUGGAAGGAUGAUGAGCUGAACUUUGACUUGGAUCGUGGUGUGUUCCCUGUGGUCAUCCGAGCGGUGGUGGAUGAAGGAGAUGUGGUGGUUGAGGUGACAGGUCAUGCCCAUGUUCUUCUGGCUGCAUUUGAAAAGCAUGUUGAUGGCAGCUUUUCCGUGAAGCCACUGAAACAGAAGCAAAUUGUUGACCGGGUGAGCUAUCUGCUCCAGGAGAUCUACGGCAUCGAGAACAAAAACAACCAAGAGACCAAGCCUUCAGAUGACGAGAACAGCGACAACAGCAACGAGUGCGUGGUUUGCCUGUCUGACCUCCGGGACACCCUCAUUCUGCCCUGCAGACACCUCUGUCUGUGCAAUUCCUGCGCUGACACCCUGCGUUACCAGGCCAACAACUGCCCCAUCUGCAGGCUGCCCUUCCGUGCCCUCCUGCAGAUCCGGGCUGUGAGGAAGAAGCCGGGGGCUCUGUCGCCGGUGUCAUUCAGCCCUGUCUUGGCACAGAGCGUUGACCAUGACGAGCACUCUAGCUCUGACAACAUCCCUCCGGGCUACGAGCCCAUUUCCCUGCUGGAAGCACUGAACGGCCUUCGCUCCGUUUCCCCCUCCAUCCCGUCAGCCCCUCUGUAUGAUGAAAUCAACUACUCUGGUGUGGUGGAUGGGAUGCCCCCGGCGAGCCGGCCGCUUGUGGGCAUGGACAGAGCUGUGGAGAGCAGCCACCAAAAGGGCAAGCGGAGCAAGUCUCCAGAUAGCACACUACGGUCUCCCUCGUCCCCCAUCCACGAGGAGGAUGAAGAGAAGCUCUCGGAGGACUCUGACUCGCCACCAGCACUGAGCGGGGGUGAGCUGGUCCUGAGGGAGACCAGCUCUCCGGAAAGCGUAGCAGGGGAAGAGAUCGAAGAGGCCUUGUCUGCACAGCAGG